AUGGAGUUGUAUGGGAAAGACAACAAGCAGCUCGAUGAUUAUAUCGAGAGCUUCAAGUCGGAUGCAAUAUCGGUAGAGCUUAUUGAGGUUUUCAGGAAACGCGGAAAGUCACACGAGGUAGUCCAGGAGAGCCAUGCUGACUUCGAACACCUCAAGACGUAUCUCUGCCGGAAGGCGCCUUCUCACCAAGUCAUUCGCGUUUUGAGCGUUACACAAUUGUCUGGACCCUUGAUCAGACUCCUCGGCAGCAAGUACGAGAUGGACUAUGAGCUCUGGACUUCGCAAUUUCAAUCAAGCGACAGAGAGUGGUUUGCUGGCCCACUCAUUGAGCGAGGUGCUCGCCGCUUCUCGCACUUCAAUCUUUCGUGUGUAGACUUCAAGCGAGCGACGCCAGAGACGCCACCAGAAUACCAAUCAAAUCGAAGAAUUAGUCACACAGUCCGACUGGUCAGGCUUCUGAACUUGAUUUCGAGGAAAGGAGGCCAACCUGUCGCCACGUCGCGAGUCUUCGUCAUCAGAAGAAUAUCGGGGCAUAUCCGAAAAGAUGAGGGCCUCUGGACCUUCAUAUAUUUCUGCUACCCAAACACGGAUUUGGCCGACGCACAUCUUGUGACUGACAUCCCCGGAGGCGUUCAGCCACACUUCACGACCUGGAUAACCGACUUUUUGCAAGCCGCAUCACCAACCGAACUGCUGGACGAUCUCAGUCACGAUGGGUAUGGCUUUGUACUUCGAGUCCUUCGCGAAAUCAAGACAACUUGGAAGUUGUUGCUCAAUGAAAUGGAGGUAUUCCUGGAAGACCUAAAUGGGAGCAUGAGUGACGACGAACUAAUGGACUCGGCCACGUGGCUGCAUCGCCAAUUCAUCUCCAAUCUCGACUACUUUCAACGACAACUACUCUAUCAUCAGCGCUAUGUCACCUACCUUAUGAACGCACCUGCUCAAGAAGGCCUCUGUAUUGCCCCGACUGUGUUUGGGAAAGAUCUCUUACAAGAAAACAAUGCUCUACGUGUGGUCGACCAGAGGCUUGCAGCACUAAGAACUCAGACUACAGCAAUCCUUAAUACUGUCGUCAAUCUCAGCGCUGUACAACAAGCACGGCUGGCUCAGGAAAUGACACUUUUGCAGCGGAAGGACGCCAUCCUUACAUUCAAUCAGGGAGAAAGCAUCAGGCGAUUGACUAUCCUUAACAUGAUAUAUUUACCUGCAACUUUCAUAGCGACCGUUUUUGGAAUGAACAUUGUCGAGAACAACCGUAUUGGAAUUUGGAGACUCUGGACCUUUGCACUUAUAUCUGUGUUGCUCACAGCGUUUACGCUAUGUUUUGCCAUCUUCAAGGUCGAGAAUACUUCCAAUGCAGAAGGCUCGGCUCUGCCAGGCCUGUUGAAAGGCGUCAUGGGAGCGGAUAUCGAGCCUCCACUCUCUUCCGACGCAGCUGACGGUCGGGACGACGAGUCCAGUAGUGCACCUAACUCGUUAUCGACCGUUUAUCGAUGGUUGAGAUCGCUAAGAGUGGAGCUGGGGCGAUCGGUCCAAGAAGAUUCGGAGACUGCCAAUGGUGAUUGUAGUGGAGACAAGGCUCUGGUGCGAGCACUAUGCUUUUACAAUGACCCACCGAACGGCGAGUCUCCCAGAUAUGUCGUCGUGCCCGACCAAACCCCCGGGAUCAGGAAUUACAGUCAUCAUAAAGUCUUGGUAUCUAUCAAUGAUGUUCGCGGCUCCAGGCAGAGAUUCACACUCGAAAGCAACUCAUUUGCACCAUACCCCAACACAUUCAAGCAGCAAGUGCAUAUUGACUAUGACGAAGAUGAUGAUGUCCGCGGUAUCUACCUUCCAUGGGUUGGAGAAUUCGUCAGGGCAAGUGUUGUUGGCGAUGUGAAGGUUUUGAUUUGGGACUACACUGUACGCAAAGCGUCGAAAAUCAAGAGAGCAAACCGCCAAGUCAAUAAGAUCCAUAUCGACCAGUCUAUCGCCGGGGCACUCGGAAGGGCUCGUCGCCACCUCUUACCAGAAGAAGCAGAGAAGGUCUUGGCAGGCCGACUGCGAUUUCGCAUCAUCAACGUCUGGAAGCCAAUCAGAGGGCCUGUCCUGGAUCAUCCAAUGGUUUUCGCAGAUCAUCGCUCCAUCAUGCAGAAGGACUUGGUGGCAGUACCCCAGAUAUACCCCGACUAUGUCGGCGAAACGUAUGCGCUAAGUGUUUCGACAGCAACAGAUGCGAGUGCGGCGCAGAGGGGAUGCAGCAUGUACAAUGCGCACAUGGAUCAUUCGAGCUCAACCCUUUUGGCCAAGAAAUGCAGAACCGAAUGA